CUUGAUGUUAUUGUAAUGGCAGACGAGGAUAAGAUUUUGAAUGCAACUUACAUUAUCAGUGUUGCUCGAAAGCUUGGGUGCUCCAUUUUCUUAUUGCCUGAGGACAUAAUUGAGGUGAACCAGAAGAUGAUCCUCACCCUAACAGCAAGCAUCAUGUACUGGAGCCUGCAACAAAAAGCUGAGGAUUCAGAGUCAACCACACCUACCAAAGACAAGAAAGCACCGGAGGGCGACAAACAAUAAAACCUCUCCAAAAAAGUUGAAAACAAGAAACCUCACCGCAUGGUCCAAAGGAUGACUCUAUGUGGAGAAUGACCAAGAAUUGCAACUCCCAAAAUUUUUUCUUCGAGCCCUUACUUUCCUUUCGAGGACAAGAAAAAUGAAAAUCCAGUUGCAGUUAGUUGAUCUGUGAGAUGGUACUCCUGUAUGGGACAGGGCAUGGUCAAUUUUGUUCUGAUCAACCACAGAAAAAGAGAAGUUCUUGUAAAUUUUACCUUGUGUAAUUAUAGUCUACUGUUCUUAUGUAUAUUCUUUCUCACAAUUGUUAUAUUGAUUAUAUAAUGAAUAAUGCAACUGGGGAGAAAUUAUCCUCAGUAUCAUACUCCAUGGGAAUCUCUUCUUUAAUCC